AUGGCUCCCCUUAAGCUUAACAGUGCCAACCUUCCACAGAUUUCCGCCGCCGGCGACCAGGUGAAGGUCCCAACCUACGCCCGUGGCAAUGCCGUCAAGGAGGGCAUCGUCCAUAUCGGGAUUGGUGGCUUCCACCGAGCUCAUCUGGCGGUCUAUGUCCACCAAUUAAUGGAAAAGCAUGGUGUGAACGACUAUGCCAUCUGUGGUGUUGGCUUGCAGCCCUUCGAUGCUGCUAUGCGCGACGCCUUGGGUUCGCAGGACCACCUCUACACUGUCAUCGAGCGUUCGGCCAAAGGUAGCACUGCCAACGUUGUUGGCAGCAUCAACUCCUACCUCUUUGCCCCUGACAACCGCGAAGCCGUGAUUGCCAAGAUGGCCCACCCCGAUACACACAUUGUGUCGCUCACCAUCACCGAGAGCGGCUACUACUACAACGAGAACACCCACGAGCUCCAAAGCGAGAACCCCGACAUUCAGUUCGAUCUCAACCCAGCCAACGAUAAGGCACCCCGCACCACAUUCGGCUUCCUUUACGCCGCCCUUGCACGCCGUCACCAGCAAGGCCUCAAGCCAUUCACCGUCAUGUCGUGCGAUAACAUGCAGAAGAACGGUGCGAUCACACGGCACAUGCUCGAGUCAUUCGCCCGCCUGCGCAACCCUGAGCUUGCCAAGUGGAUUUCUGAGAAGGGCCACUUCCCCAAUGCCAUGGUCGACCGUAUCACCCCCCAGACUUCCCCCGCCGACAAGCAGUCUCUCGCCGAAGACUUUGGUAUCGAAGACUCUUGGCCUGUUGUUACAGAGCCUUUCAUGCAGUGGGUGAUCGAGGACUGCUUCUGUGACGGUCGUCCACCAUUUGAGAAGGUCGGCGUUCAGCUUGUCAAUAAUGUCCAUGAUGUCGAGCAAUUCGAGAAGCACAAGCUGCGCUUGCUCAAUGGCAGCCACUCCGCAAUUGGAUACCCUGGUCAGAUGGCUGGAUUUAAAUAUGUCCACGAAGUCAUGGAGAACCCAGUCUUCUCGAAGUUUGUGUGGCAGAUGAUGCAGGACGAGGUGAAGCCGCUGCUGCCUCACAUCCCGGGCGUUGACAUCGAUGAAUAUUGUAAAACCCUCAUUGAGCGCUUCUCCAACCCGACUAUUAUGGACCAGCUGCCUCGUGUGGCCCUCAAUGCUUCUGGCAAGAUCCCACAGUUCAUUAUGCCAUCCAUUGCUGAGGCCAUCUGGGUGACUGGCCCGUUCCGUCGCCUAUGCUUCGUCGCCGCAGCUUGGUUCCGCUACCUACACGGUGUAGAUGAUAAGGGCCAAACUUUCCAAGUCGACGACCCUAUGCGCGAUGAGCUUCAGACUAAGGCCAAGUCUGGAGGAACCAACCCCUCUGAGCUUCUUAGUAUUAAGAACUUAUUCGGUGACGACCUGCGCGGCGACAAGCGAUUCAUCGAGACCAUCACCACCGCUAUGGAAGAAAUUGCGCGGGAUGGCAUCAUGAAGACGCUUCCCAAGUACGUCGAUUAA